GGAACCACCACAUUGCCUUUUGCGUCAGAAGAGCUGGUAGUUCGAAGAAUCCAGCUUUCGAAACCAUUAGCGACUGGAACAUCAGGAACGUGGCUGUGCCGGGGUUCAUCAUUCGGCGGGAUGAUAGUCGCAAUUUAUCCAGACCAGCCCUUAGCCCUCAUGGUCAGUGCCGAGGACAUCAUCACUGAUAUGGACUGUUCGUUUGGAAUAAAGCGGACCUCAGUUGAGCCAAGUAAUUCCACUCUUGAUAACACGACUGCUCAGCCAGUUGCCGUGACUGCAGAUAGAAGCUACAAGGUUUACGACCCGUUAGAACCCAAAGAGCUGGAAGAUGCAAGAAAUACAGAAGAGGAUCCACGCGAGGUAGAAAAACAAACAACCCGACAACGAAUAAGUGCCGAUUUGGAAACAAAUAAAGUUUUCGCACCUGGCACUCUAACGGAAAGCUUUCAAGACUGCUCGAAAGAAUCUCCACACGUCAUUGUGUGGUAUUGCUAUCAUUGUUCCUUCGGCCCAUGUAGUAUUCACAUGGAUGACUUUUGUCCCGUGUGUCAAUGGCAACGCAACUCCCACUGCGAAGUGAUGAAGAUGGAAAUACCGGACGACGCCUAGCUGUUUGAGAAUAGAAUUGUAUGGCUUAGAUUCAUAAACAAUGCUGGUUGUCUUUGAAGAGAAGUUAUUGAAAUAUCAAUACUUGCUGGUAACCUCUUGAAGGAAAUGUCGUCAAUUCAAGGUCCGAACUGAAACCGCCUGACGAAGUUAUGUGGAGGUUCCUCGUAUAGGUAGUCAAGGAUAGAUUGCACGGGGCUGCUCGUGGAUAAGUUGGGGAAAACUUGUCGCCAGGUAAAAUCCACUGUUCGACAUACACUUCCGUCUUCACUCAAAAUAAAUCCGU